AUGAUCGGGCAAGUCUGUGCCGCCGUUUGCACCGUCUUUUCUGUUGUCUAUUCUGGCUACUACCUGACCCAGCUGACUCGUCACCUGACACGCGGAUGGAGACAUGCCUGUCCUUUGGGCACAACAGCAGGGUCAGCAGCUCCUCUGGCUGCCUCUGUCAUUGAGGAAGAGGCUGAAGAGGAGCAAAGGAAGAUGAAGCCUUCAGCUGCUGUCCCUUCACAGCCUGAACUUGCUGAGCCAGUAACCCUUGUUGCUCGCUCUGCCAUUCAGCCUGGUGCCGCCGGACCAGCGUGGCCUGCAGCAGCCAGCUCAACCCCCGCUGCCGGCACUUCCUGCAGCAGCGCAGCCCAGCAGCCCGAGAUGAGGGAGGGCCUGAAGACACUGAGGAGCAUCGUGAGUCCGGGCCGGCCAACAGGCAAAUACACGGCAUUUGAGGAACUCGGGCGAGGGGGGUUUGGAGCUGUUUAUAAAGCCCUUGACACCAGCAGCGGACAACAGGUGGCAAUCAAGAUCAUGUCACUCGAGGAGGAGAUGUCCGAGGAGCUGGCUGCCAAUGAAAUCCUGGCCAUGAGGGACAACAGGAGUCCCAAUAUCGUUACCUACUUAGACAGCUACCUGGUGGAUGCGGAGCUCUGGCUGGCCAUGGAGUUCAUGGACGGCGGCACCUUGUUUGAUGUGCUGAGGGCAGUGUACCUGGAGGAAGGACAGAUAGGCGCUGUCUGUCGGGAGUGCCUGCAAGGACUGCAUUUCCUUCAUUGCCGCCAAGUCAUCCACAGAGACAUCAAAAGUUGCAACGUCCUUGUGAGCACGGACGGAUCCGUCAAGUUGGGUGACUUUGGCCUCUGUGCUCAGCUCAGCCCUGAGCACAGCAAGCGCAGCUCCAGCGUCGGCACUCCCAGCUGGAUGGCACCGGAGGUGGUGAGAGGAGAAGCCUACGGCCCCAAAGUGGACAUCUGGUCCCUGGGGAUCAUGGGGCUGGAAAUGGUGGAAGGGGAAGCUCCUUACCAGCGGGAAGCCCGUCUCCGGGUUUUUGAACUGCUAGAAAGGAACGGGCCCCCAAAACUGCAGAACCCCAGGCACCACUCGGCUCUCCUGCGCGACUUCCUCCGCUGCUGCCUGCAGGCAGAUGAGGACAGGCGCUGGUCUGCCCAGGAGCUCCUACAGAAGCAUCCCUUUGUGACCUCAGGCGAUCCUGCCUCCAGCCUGGCUGCUCUGAUCAUCUCAGCCAAGCGAGUGCAGGAAGACUGGAGAGGAGACACCUGCGCCUGA